UCCACUCUCUCUCCUCCUCCUCACUGAUUCUCUCACUUCCCCUCGCUCUCUCUCUCUCUCUCUCUCUCUCUAGGCAGAGCAGCGACUCUUGGCCGUUAGAUCUCGCCGACGGAGUGAGUGUACGGACGAUCGGCGUCCCCCUCGGCGCGUGCGGUAGAUGAAGAAGCUCAUCCGGCGUCUCUCGCGCGUGGCCGACUCCACCACGCAGUACUGCCUCCUCCGCGCGGCGGCCGACUCUGGCGGUGACCGCCGCCCGCGCCGGGUGGAGUCGUUCAGGGCGGCCCUGGCGGCGUCUUCCAAGCUCCGGCGACACCCCAAUGGGGUCCCCGCCGGCCACGUCCCGGUGUACGUCGGGGAGGAGAUGGAGCGGUUCGUGGUGAACGCGGAGCUGCUGAACCACCCGGUGUUCGUCGGCCUCCUCAACAAGUCCGCCCAGGAGUACGGCUACGAGCAGAAGGGCGCCCUCAAGAUCCCCUGCCACGUGCAGGUGUUCGAGCGGGUCCUCGAGGCCCUCCGGCUAGGUGCCGAGCCGAGCGACCUGCAGGAUCUGGUCGCCGCCCUCUCCAUCGACGACGACGACUCAUCCUAGCCGCGCCCCGGCUCAUCGGAUUUCCACAACGAACAGAGCUUUUUUUCUUUUGUUUUUUUUUUGGGAUGAAAGGACGAAACGGAUAGGAAACGGCAUCGUUUCACCGGAUCUGUGUACAUAUGUUGCUUUUGCGAUCGGAAGCGAUGCGAUAUAGGAAUAGGAAUCAGCAGUGGGGUGGUUAGGAGGGGUAAAACUGGAAAUUCGUGGAAACUGUGGGGGCUUGUUUGUAUUUUCGUCUUCUGCCAGUGAAUGGGAAAGAUGGAAAGAUUCAAGAUGGCUUUUCAAAAUUAUUUUAUCUUUGUUAAAUUAAUUUUUGGGGAGAAAAAUGGAAUGCGGAUCUUAUUGAA